CGCCUGUGGGGGGCGGUCGGACGGCGAUUGGUGAGUUCGAAGAGCGGCUGCGCGUGGUUGGUACUGCUCAGCCGUCCCCGCCGCUCUGUGGGAGCCGCUCCGGCAGCGGGGCCGUGCCAGCCCCUCAGCGAACGGGCCUUCCGGCACCAGAAACACAGCUGAAUGGAGCUCAAAGGGCUACAGAUGAAAGAACUUGAACACGUUUCUGAAGGUUUAAGAUGUGUCUGACAGUGACCUCGUUACCUUACUAAUAAAGAAGAGGUUUUCAGCAGGAGCUUAGGAUAUCUUUACUCCAACUUCUUAAUGUGCUAACUGGAAUGGUGUUCUGACAACAAUUCUCCAUAGUAAAGUACCCUAUUACAGAACACUAAUAUUUUCUCUCCUGAUAAUGCAACUCAAUGGAGGAAGGUAAUGUUUUGAUAAGCAUGCGUGAAGAUUGUUCCUUUCAUGUUCGUUACAGGAUGGAGGCUUCCUGUCUGGAGCUGGCUUUGGAAGGUGAGCGCCUGUGUAAAGCAGGAGAUUGCCGAGCUGGCGUGUCUUUCUUUGAAGCAGCUGUUCAGGUUGGAACUGAAGAUUUAAAAACACUCAGUGCUAUUUACAGCCAGUUAGGCAAUGCCUAUUUCUACUUGCAUGAAUAUGCAAAGGCCUUGGAAUACCAUCACCAUGAUUUAACUCUUGCAAGAACAAUUGGAGAUCUACUGGGUGAAGCUAAAGCUAGUGGGAAUCUGGGCAACACCUUAAAGGUACUUGGGAAUUUUGAAGAAGCUAUUGUUUGUUGUCAGAGACAUCUGGAUAUUUCCAGAGAGCUAAAUGAUAAGGUUGGAGAAGCAAGAGCACUGUAUAAUCUGGGAAAUGUAUAUCACUCUAAAGGGAAAAAUGUAGCCAGUGUUGGGACUCAUGAUCCAGGGGAACUUCCAGAUGAUGUGAAAAAUGCUUUACAAAAAGCUGCAACUUAUUAUGAGGAAAAUCUGUCAAUAGUAACAGAGCUGGGUGAUAGAGCAGCACAAGGACGUGCCUUUGGAAACCUGGGAAACACACACUAUCUUCUGGGCAACUUCAGGAGUGCGGUUUUAGCCCAUGAACAGCGUCUCCUAAUUGCGAAAGAGUUUGGUGAUAGAUCAGCGGAAAGAAGAGCAUACAGCAAUCUUGGAAAUGCCUACAUCUUCCUGGGUGAAUUUGAAACAGCUUCAGAAUACUACAAGAGGACACUCCAGCUGGCUCGACAGCUUAAAGACAGAGCUGUGGAAGCACAGGCCUGCUACAGCCUUGGGAACACAUAUACUUUGCUUCAAGACUACGAAAAAGCAAUUGAUUAUCAUUUGAAACACCUUGUGAUUGCUCAGGAAUUAAAUGACAAAAUUGGUGAAGGAAGAGCAUGCUGGAGUUUAGGGAAUGCUUACACUGCGCUGGGAAAUCACGACCAAGCUAUGCAUUUUGCGGAAAGGCACUUGGAGAUCUCACGAGAGGUAGGAGAUAAAAGUGGAGAACUCACUGCAAGACUUAAUCUCUCAGAUCUUCAGAUGGUUCUUGGAUUAAGCUACAGCACAAACAACUCCAUGAUGGCAGAAAGUCAUGUGGUAGAUACCAGUCUGAAUGGUACCAGACCAAGAGUAGGACGCCGUCACAGUAUGGAGAACAUGGAACUUAUGAAAUUAACUCCAGAAAAGAAAAACAGUCGAGAGGCAAUGGCAGAUGAAGGGUUCUUUGAUCUGCUGAGUCGAUUCCAGAGCAACAGGAUGGAUGAUCAGAGAUGCUACUUCCAGGAGAAGAACAGGUUUUCAGCUGCUUCAGUGGCAACAUCCUCUACUCCACCUAAAACAAUGAGAAAAUCCUUUUCUACAUCUGUAGUUUCACCCCACACAGAUGAGUUUCUAGACCUCCUUGCUAGCUCGCAGAGCCGCCGGCUUGAUGACCAACGUGCCAGCUUUAGCAAUCUACCUGGACUUCGUCUUAACCAGCGCAAUAGUCACUCAGUCCUGGGUCAUCUCAUGGCACGUAACAACAGGGACCUAGAUGAUGACUUCUUUGAUAUACUGAUAAAAUGUCAGGGUUCCAGACUGGAUGAUCAAAGAUGUGCUCCUCCCUCAUCUGCAAAAGGACCAACUGUACCAGAUGAGGAUUUUUUCAGCCUGAUUUUACGGUCACAAGCUAAGAGAAUGGAUGAACAAAGAGUCCAUUUACCCUCAACUAUAAAGGGACCAAGUUCUAGCUGAAGAAACAAAUAAGUUACUACUGUACAGUACAUGCUUAGGUAUAAUUUUGUUUGCUGGAAAAACAUAAUGCCUUCUUACAGAACAUGCAGGUAGUAGUUUUGCCCCUUUUCUAAUUAUUUUUUUUGUAUGAAUAGCAGUAUUACAUUUGUGAUCAGUCAUUGCUGCUGCUGAUUUUAGCUGUGUCAGAGACACUGAUUACACAGAUUCUCCCAUCAAGGUACUGUCAUUGCUGAGGUGUGGAUUCUAUCACUGUCUCAAUCCAGUGUAAAACUGAAAUUUGUCUAUUCUUUUUAAAGAAAACUUGAUUUUUCUUUUUCUUUGUACCUGCCUGGAAAAAAGUCCUGUUCUCUUUUGUACUUUUUUUAAAAGAUAAAAAAUAAUUGAGAAAUAUCUUCAGUACUUAAAUCUGUCUUUGCAAAAACAGAGUUUGGAAGAAACAAUCAUUUUUUAUUAAAUAAAAAAUAUUAAAUCAAA